AUGCCGACAGAGAAUCCAGUGUUGGAGAAGCUUAGGUUGAGCAAGCCUCCUAAUCACCUGGGAAGCCCUGCACCUGCACCACCAGCUCCUGCCCAUCCUGCCCCUCCUCUUGGUCCGCCCGAGCUUCCUAAACCUCAAACUCAGCUUCCUAAACCUCAAGCUCAGCUUCCUAAACCUCAAGCUCAGCUUCCUAAACCUCAAGCUCAGCUUCCCAGUGUACCACUUCCAAAGCUACCGCUUCCUCCACCCCCUGCGCUGCCUCUUCAACCACAAUCACCUCAUGCAGCACCUCAUUCGCCUGCUCCUCAUGCGGACUCUCAUCGCCGAUUUGGAAUAUCUUAUUCCGCAUAUAAAGCAGACCGAUCAUGCAAGAGUCAGGCCGAGGUAAACAAAGAGCUGGGCCAGCUAUCUAGUUACAAAUUUGUUCGGAUAUAUGGCACGGACUGCGACCAGACGAAGCUAGUCGCCAAUGCGGCCCGGCUCCACAAUAUGAAAGUGUUCGCAGGAGUACAUGACCUGAGUGAUUUCCCUGCUAGCCUCGAAACUUUCAACCAAGCCGCUACUAGACCCGACGGACAGAAGGAUUGGUCCGUUUUCCAUACUAUCGCCUUGGGCAAUGAACUCGUCAAUGGCGGCAUGGCCUCACCUGGAGACGUCGUCCACGCAGUCGGCCAAGCCCGCACUAUUCUCCGUGGCCAGGGUUACCAAGGACCCGUCGUGACCGUCGAUACAUUUUCCGUCCUUCUCAAACAUCCGGAACUUUGCAAAGUAUCAGACUACUGUGCCGCAAACUGCCACGCGUUCUUCGACGCCACAGAACACGCCCACAAUGCCGGUCCCUACGCUCUUGAACAAGCCCGCCGUGUCUCGAAAGCCGCAGGUGGCAAGCGUACAAUGAUCACCGAAUCUGGAUGGCCACACGCUGGUCGGUCAAACGGGGCAGCAGUCCCAUCACCGGAGAACCAGCGCGCCGCCGUGGCAAGUCUCCGUAAAAGCUUUGCGGACCGAAGUGAUGAUCUAGUCCUGUUCACUGCGUUCGACGAUCUCUGGAAGCAUGAUAAUCGGUGGACCUUCGACGCGGAGCGGUUCUGGGGAAUCCACAUUGAACAAUGA